UUUUUUUCUGCUGGCAUUGGUACAGGCAAAUGGUUGGGGACUGAGCAUGAAAGGAGAAAGCAAGCAAGCAAGAGAGUUUAAGAGGAAAAAGGGAAAGGAAAAAAGGGGGAAAACAACAACAACAACAAAAUCCCUCAUACCCCAGCAGUUGGGUUUUGCCAGCAGCCGAUCACAGCUGAUUCCAGAGCGGAGUCUGUCCCUUUUCCCCUAGACCUGCGAUCGCCCCUGUUCUCAGGCGGAGGGAGCCACAUCUAAGUUGCAUCUUUGCAUUUUUGCCAACGCUGAGAGGGAUUCUUUCCCCCCUCUCAACUCCCCCUCCUGAUCACUUGCUGUUAUUCUGCCUGUUUUUAUUUUUUCCCUUCAUCCUUCCAAUUAUUAUUAUUAUUAUUAUUAUUAUUAUUAUUAUUAUUAUCCUUAAGAGACAUUUGGCUUUUUUUAAAAAGAAAACAUAUUUUGUGUGUGUUUGUGUGUGGUGAUGUUGAUUUAUUUUUGUCCUUCGCUGAUGUUUCCAUUCCUAACCUGCUUUCUUCAAUUUUUAAUUCUCCUUUUUUGCUAUCCCACUGUUUUUAUUAAAUAAGACUUUUUUUAAAAAAAAAUUGGCUAACAGUUUGCAGUGGAGAAUGCAGCCAACAAUUGUUUUCCACCCAAUUUAAUAAAUAUCCUGCACUCUUCUGUGCACUUCCUUUUUAUAUUUUUUACUUUCCUCCUUGUUCUCCCCUCCUCCCUCUUCCACCUCACAGCCCCAAUAGCACCCCCUUUCCACACUCUGCAAUUCUGAGCCCAGAAUUUCUGAAUCGGGGGCUUAGCUUCGCCGGGAUGAGCCAGAGCAAUGGAUGAAUUCCACCCCUUCAUUGAAGCUCUUCUUCCUCAUGUCCGUGCGUUUUCCUACACAUGGUUCAACCUGCAAGCUCGGAAACGAAAGUACUUUAAGAAGCAUGAGAAGCGGAUGUCGAAGGAUGAGGAGCGCGCUGUGAAGGACGAAUUACUUGGUGAAAAGCCUGAGAUCAAGCAGAAAUGGGCAUCCCGGCUGCUGGCCAAGCUACGCAAGGACAUCCGCCCGGAAUUUCGCGAGGACUUCGUCUUGACCAUCACGGGCAAGAAAGCACCGUGUUGUGUCCUCUCCAACCCAGAUCAGAAGGGCAAAAUCCGCAGGAUUGACUGCCUGAGGCAGGCUGACAAGGUUUGGAGGCUGGACCUAGUUAUGGUCAUCUUGUUCAAAGGGAUCCCUCUUGAAAGUACUGACGGGGAGCGGCUAUACAAGUCGCCGCAGUGCUCAAACCCGGGCCUUUGCGUCCAGCCACACCACAUUGGAGUCACAAUUAAAGAACUGGAUCUUUACUUGGCGUAUUUUGUUCACACUCCUGAAUCCGGACAAUCAGACAAUUCAAACCAGCAAGGAGAUGCGGACAUCAAACCACUGCCCAAUGGGCAUUUGACUUUCCAGGACUGUUUUGUGACAUCGGGUGUCUGGAAUGUUACGGAGCUGGUGAGAGUGUCACAGACUCCUGUUGCCACAGCGUCUGGUCCAAAUUUCUCACUGGCUGACCUCGAGAGUCCCAGUUACUACAACAUCAAUCAAGUGGCUCUUGGUAGACGGUCAAUAACAUCUCCACCUUCUAGCAGUUCCACCAAGCGGCCCAAGUCGAUAGAUGACAGCGAGAUGGAGAGCCCUGUAGACGACGUGUUCUACCCUGGGACAGGGCGGUCCCCAGCAGCUGGCAGCAGCCAGUCCAGUGGGUGGCCCAACGAUGUGGAUGCAGGACCGGCUUCUUUAAAGAAGUCGGGGAAGCUGGAUUUCUGCAGUGCCCUGUCCUCCCACACCACCUCCCCGAGAAUGGCUUUCACCCAUCACCCGCUGCCUGUCCUAGCAGGAGUCAGACCAGGAAGCCCCCGUGCCACAGCCUCGGCCCUGCACUUCCCAUCAACCUCCAUCAUCCAGCAGUCCAGCCCCUACUUCACACACCCGACCAUCCGCUACCACCACCACCACGGCCAGGACUCGCUGAAGGAAUUUGUGCAGUUUGUAUGCUCGGACGGCUCAGGCCAGGGCUCCGGGCAGCCUAACGGUAGCGGCCAGGGCAAAGUCACGGGGUCAUUUUUGCUGCCGCCGCCACCACCUGUGGCCAGACCAGUGCCCCUUCCAAUGCCUGAUACAAAAUCCACCAGCACUAACCCAGAGGGCGGAGCGCCGACACCAACGUCACCCUCAUUCUCAGCGCCAGGCUCCUCCUCCUCUGCCAACCGGUUUGUCGGCAUCGGACCCCGGGACGGCAACUUUCUAAACAUCCCCCAGCAAUCUCAGUCUUGGUUCCUCUGACGGGAUCUUCAAGCGAAGAAAAAUAAUAAUGAUGAUGGUGAUGAUGAUGAUGAUAAUAAUAAGUUUUCGCUCACGUCCUGAGAAUCAGAAUCUUCAGUCCUUAACCCAUAUCUUCACUGAGCUGCUCCUCUUCAAGGAAAAGUAAGAGACGUUGGGUAACACUACAGAUGAGAAGCUUAAAAGAAUUACGUUGGACCUCCCCGAUCCAAAGCAGAUUUUUGCAUUUGCGUAGAAGAGGCUUGUCUUCUGCAAGGAAUCCCAUCAACACCUACAGAAGUCACGUAAUCCUGUUUCAAUGAUAUGAUAGUUCUGGACAGGCUAUUCAAGCAGUGGUUAAAAAAAGAAAGGGGUUUCUCUUAUUCAUCAUGGGGAAGGAAUAGCAUUCACAUUAACCAGCCUCAAACCCCCAAAAUUUGCACCAAGUUUUGCUAGGGGUUAUGUUUGUUGCGAAAUGAAAGAGGAGACACUUUCUUAGUGCCUCAACUGCCUACCAGCCUAAUUCCUAUGAGCCCAUUUGCAACUUGAGGAGAGUUGUGUUUCUAGGUCACUCAAUUUGCUUUUUUAAACUUCGCAAUGUGGUACAGGGGCUGCAGGAAAAUGAAGUUUGUCCUAAAUUCAAAUAUCCUCCUAAAUACGUUUCUAAAAGCGUGUCCAGUGUGGUGCACUGGUUCACAAUUGGAACUGGCUAUGAUUAGAGCAGUACUAGGGUCAUAAUGCUUGGUUGGCACUCACAGCACAAACAUCUCCUAUCAAACAUAAAUUCCCCCUUGCAGUAAAUUCCCUUGUUAAUGAAAUUUAACAUAGCAUCCUCAUUACUUAAAAAAGCAAAAACAGAAACGCUCCUGACUGCCAGAUGCCGAGACAAUAUUCCAUUCCUGAGCAAGAGGGGGGGCUCUCCCUAGUUCCCUCCCCCGUCUCUCUGAGACAAAACCACACACACACCUGACACAUCCUGGUGUCUGGUGACUCCUGGUGUCCUUUGCCAUUGACGAACCUUUCCUGCAUCUCAGAUAUAUAUAUAUAUAAUAACACCUUAGGGCUUAUGUGGAAGGUACUCCUAGUCAUAUUCUCCAUGAACUGGGAUCCCUUCACAUACAAGAAAGGCAGGCACUCUUGGGUUCACGAGUCCAAGACGGAUUGGGCUGGAAAGUGUUUCUAAGUAUUUCUCUUAGCAAAGAGAGCAUCUGCUACCACUGCCAGAGGGCAAAUGACACUUGGAGACCCAUUGGAUGCUUACUAAAAACAUUGUAAAAAGAAUCCAUUGACAAGAGAGCAAAGAGGCCACAUUCAAGUUGUACCCCAGACAAAUCCCUGGAGCGAAGGCAGCUGGCUCAGUCAGGCACGUUUCUGCAGAGCUUGUAGCCUGUUCUGGACAGGUUGGGCUGUGUCCCUUUCCUCUGAGUUCUAGUAUUUUCCUUUUGAGGUUUUGGGUGUCUGUUGUUACUAUGGUUUGAUGCUCUUCCUGAUCCCUUUUCUCCACUUGGUUCUUUUCCUCCUUUAGUUGUAGCAUUUCCUUUGGCUUCCUCUACAUACAGGUGACAACAGCAAAGAAAUUAAACGCUAGGGUUUUGUGGUCGUCGUUGAGACAAACAAAAAGACAAACCCUUUGAGCUUAGAACAUAUGAACACUCUCAGCAAAACUUCAGCGCAACAAAAUUAAUUGUAUAGAGUUAGAGGUAGUGGAAGCUGCCUGACUGGUAGAUGUGAAGGUUUGACAUUGCCGGCUGUACACUACGCAUGCACACAUACGCACCAGAAUCGACCACACAGCUCCGCACACUUUCAUCUUCCCUUUCUCAGACUACAAAAGAAUAAUAAUAAUUAAUAAUAAUAAUAAUAAGUGAGGAGAGCAAGCGCCCCCCUCUGUUUUGCACCAAUGAGAUCUUCAUUAUUUAUUUUCCAAAGGUCUGUGGAAGAGGCCCCUCUCUUUCUCCUUAUUUACCCCCAUGCUAAGCUUUGGGGGCAGGAGCUUUGCCAAAUUCUUUGGGGUUCACCCCCCUCCCCAUCCCAUCUCCCCUGUUAAAUGUGUCCAUCUCUGCAUGAGGGGUCACUGGUUGUUACAGGGCAACUCCACAUGGUAAACUUAGGAUAGGCAAGGGCGUCUGG